UGUUGUUGACGGGGGCUCAUGGCUCAGGAUCUGCUGCCGGGUGUGGAGAGCUCCGCGGUGUCCGUCCUGAAGAGAGCCGUGCAGCUCGACAACUGCUCCCGCUUUCAGGAGGCGCUGGUCUGCUACCAGGAGGGCAUUCAGCUGCUGCUGGACGUGCUCAAAGCUGUAAAAGAUGAAGCGAAGAAGAUGCACUACAGAGAGAAGAUCAAGGGUUACAUGGAAAGAGCAGAACAGAUCAAGGAGCACACCACCAAGCUAAAAGAAGAGGGUAAAUACCACGAGCAGAUAAAGAUAGCAGACAGCUCCACUGGUUACAGCUAUGAAUCCCUCUUCAAGCCGUACAUCACAGAUGGACUGACUGAAGUCUGGGUGGAAGACCCAUAUGUACGGCACGUCCAUCAGUUGUAUAAUUUCCUCCGUUUCUGUGAGAUGCUGCUGAAAUGUCCAUCUACAGUGAAGACCAUUCACCUUCUGACCUCACAGGAUGAGGACAGCUCCACUCAACAAAGCAGUGCUCUGGCAGAAAUGAAGCAGUCGCUAUUGAGUAAAGAUAUCUGUCUGGACAUUCAGUACUCCUCUACGAUUCAUGACCGAGAGAUCAGGUUUAACAACGGUUGGAUUAUUAAGAUCGGCAGGGGACUCGAUUAUUUCAAAAAACCAAAGGGUCGCUUCUCUGUUGGAUACUGUGACUAUGAUUUGAGAGAGUGUCAUGAGACUACAGUUGACAUUUUUCAUACCAAACACACCAAGAAGACCUAAUCUUGCUUGCGAAAGCUUUUCCACUGCCUGACAUAUUUACGGGACUUCAUUUGCAAUCCGCAGGCCUACGUGGAUGACUGGAAAUGUGCCUUUUGAUCCCAUUUUAAGCUUUUAAAAGAUGCGAAAGAACUGAUUUAUUUACUUUUACAUGCUUCUAUCUGAAUUGCAGGGGAAUAUGCAGAGGCUUAUUCUGUAACUUGUAUGAGUUUUUUAUUAAAGGGAUAGUUCACACAAAAUUGAACAUUUCUGCACUGUUUUUUGUCCCUCAAGUGGUUCCAAACCUUUAUGUUUCCUCGUUUUGUUAAACACAAAAGAAGAUAUAUUUAAGAAAGCUGAAAACCAAUCAUUGACUUCCAUAAGAUGAAAAACAAAUACUUUGAAAGUCAACGGUUGCAGGUUUUUAACUUCAAAAUAUAUUCCUUUGUGUUUAACAGAAGAAAGGAACUCUUAAAGGUUUGAAUCAAAUAAAAGAGUUAUUAAAUAAUGACAGAAAUGUCACUUUUGGGCUGAACAAUUUCCCUCAAACUUCUGUUCACUGAAAUGUAUGUUUACUUGUUCUGCUUCUGUAACUAUUGUAAAAAGUACAUUUGUAAAUAAAAUGUGUCUAAUAUUUCUGUCACCAUUAUAUAAUGUGCCCUUGAUUCAAACCGUAAAGGUGAGCUGUUUUACUUGCGAUGCUGAUUUCAAUAAACGUUUUGCACUGUA